CUCCUGACCCAUUACAUUGUACAGCUGUCACCUUGCAGACAGGCAUUGUAAAUCGACGCACAUAGGCUCAGUGUCGAUACUGGGAUUCCCCUGUCAGUGGCGCUUCCUGUACAGCUUUCCAUGGCCUGCCUUCGGGAACACAACCCACUGCACUGCCUUAACAGUCCGAGACCGUCCCUCCUCACCGACCCACGUGACCUGUUGGCAUGGCACAUCGUACGUCAGAAUCUCCACGCAGGGUGGUACAUACUCGCACUCAAUCAAUGUCUCCACCGAGAGUGCCUGAACAACGAACUCAAUCCAAGUCCCCGCCUAGACUGUCAGAGCAACGAGCUCAAUCACAGUCCCCACCCAGAAUGGAUUUCUAUCGAACAAAAUCCAAAUCCCUGUCGAGACUCCCAGAAGACAGGGCCCACUCCAGACCCCCAAGUCUGCCUUGAGGGAGAGAAUGCAGAACUCAGGGAGGACAAGCGGAAAACCCAGACGAGCUACACCGACCCCAUCACAACGAGCUGCCCCGGGAGAGUUCGACCUCGACGCUGCCUGCUGGUCGGGGAACAUGGCCGAGGUGAAACGUCUCCUGUCCAAGGAUCAGUCCGACAUCAACCGUGAAGAGAGGGACUGUGGGGCAUGUCACCGGUGUUGAUGGCUGCGUUUGAGGGACAGAGAUUUGGUGGAGCUGCUUGUGAGUCAAGGUGCUGAUGUGUCACUGGUGGACGAUCACGGUAACAACAUCCUUCACUGCGCCUGUGAGGGAGGAGACAGGAAGACAGUGGAGUUUGUCCUGUCUCUGGACGGGGUGGACAUCAACAGUAGAGGAGAGGAGGAGCAGGACACCGGUGAUGUCGGCAGCACGGUUGGGGACACAGGGAUGUGGUGGAGCUCCUUGUGAGUCGAGGUGCUGAUGUGUCACUGGUGGACGAUGUCGGUAACAACAUCCUUCACUACGCCUGUGAGGAGGAGACAGGGAGACAGUGGAGUUUGUCCUGUCUCUGGACGGGGUGGACAUCAACAGUAGAGGAGUGGGGAGCAGCACACCGGUGAUGGUGGCAGCAGUGUGGGGACACAGGGAUGUGGUGGAGCUCCUUGUGAGUCGAGGUGCUGAUGUGUCACUGGUGGACGAUGACGGUGACAACAUCCUUCACUACGCCUGUCUGAGGAGGAGACAGGAAGACAGUGGAGUUUGUCCUGUCUCUGGACGGGGUGGAC